AUGAUGAAGUGGACUCUGGGCAGUUUGGGUGAUGAGCGCCAGUGGAGCAGUGGUGUCCCCACCACCCGUCAGGACCCCCAGAGCAGAGAAUUCAGGCCUGGUGGGUUGACAGCACUUUGUGGGUCUUAUUUCCAGGAGAUCUGCAGUGAUCCCCAAUUUAUUACUGAAGGAGCCACCCGCACAGACAUCUGCCAAGGAGCCCUGGGUGACUGCUGGCUGCUGGCGGCCAUAGCCUCCCUCACCUUGAAUGAGGAAAUCCUGGCUCGAGUCGUCCCCCUGGACCAGAGCUUCCAGGAGAACUAUGCGGGGAUCUUCCACUUCCAGUUCUGGCAGUACGGCGAGUGGGUGGAGGUGGUGGUGGACGACAGGCUGCCCACCAAGGACGGGGAGCUGCUGUUCGUGCACUCGGCCGAGGGGAGUGAGUUCUGGAGCGCGCUGCUGGAGAAGGCCUACGCCAAGAUCAAUGGGUGUUACGAAGCACUCUCGGGGGGUGCCACCACCGAGGGCUUUGAGGACUUCACCGGAGGCAUCGCUGAGUGGUAUGAGUUAAGGAAGGCCCCACCCAACCUGUUCAGGAUCAUCCAGAAGGCUCUGCAGAAGGGCUCUCUCCUUGGCUGCUCCAUCGAUAUCACCAGCGCUGCGGACUCGGAGGCCGUCACGUUCCAGAAGCUGGUGAAGGGGCACGCGUACUCGGUCACCGGAGCCGAGGAGGUUGAAAGUAGAGGCAGCCUGCAGAAGCUGAUCCGCAUCCGGAACCCCUGGGGAGAGGUCGAGUGGACCGGGCAGUGGAACGACAACUGCCCAAACUGGAACACUGUCGACCCGGAGGUGAGGGAAACGCUGACGAGACGGCACGAAGACGGGGAGUUCUGGAUGUCUUUCAGCGAUUUCCUGAGGCACUAUUCCCGCCUGGAGAUCUGUAACCUGACCCCCGACACGCUCACCAGUGACACCUAUAAGAAGUGGAAACUCAGCAAGAUGGACGGGAACUGGAGGCGGGGCUCCACCGCGGGCGGCUGCAGAAACUACCCGAAUACUUUCUGGAUGAACCCUCAGUACGUUAUCAAGCUGGAGGAGGAGGACGAGGACCAGGAGGAUGGGGAGAGCGGCUGCACCUUCCUGGUGGGCCUCAUCCAGAAGCACCGGCGGCGGCAGAGGAAGAUGGGCGAGGACAUGCACACCAUUGGCUUUGGCAUCUACGAGGUUCCGGAGGAGCUGACUGGACAGACCAACAUCCACCUCAGCAAAAACUUCUUCCUGACGCACAGAGCGCGGGAGCGGUCGGACACCUUCAUCAACCUGCGUGAGGUGCUCAACCGCUUCAAGCUGCCCCCAGGCGAGUACAUCCUCGUGCCAUCCACCUUCGAGCCCAACAAGGACGGGGACUUCUGCAUCCGGGUCUUCUCCGAGAAGAAAGCCGACUACCAGGCUGUCGACGAUGAAAUCGAGGCCAACCUUGAAGAGAACGACGUCAGUGAGGACGACAUCGAUGAUGGAUUCCGGAGGCUGUUUGCCCAGUUGGCAGGGGAGGAUGCAGAGAUUUCUGCCUUUGAGUUGCAGACAAUCCUGAGAAGAGUUCUAGCAAAGCGCCAAGAUAUCAAGUCAGACGGCUUCAGCAUUGAGACCUGCAAAAUCAUGGUUGACAUGCUCGACUCGGAUGGCAGUGGCAAGCUGGGCCUGAAGGAGUUCUACAUUCUCUGGACGAAGAUUCAAAAAUACCAAAAAAUUUACCGGGAAAUCGAUGUGGACAGAUCCGGUACCAUGAACUCCUACGAGAUGCGGAAAGCACUAGAAGAAGCAGGGUUCAAGCUGCCCUGUCAGCUCCACCAGGUCGUUGUCGCUCGGUUUGCAGAUGAGCAGCUUAUCAUCGAUUUUGACAAUUUUGUUCGGUGUUUGGUUCGACUGGAAACACUAUUCAGGAUAUUCAAGCAGCUGGAUCCCGAGGACACCGGGACCAUCCAGCUCGACCUGAUCUCUUGGCUGUGUUUUUCAGUACUCUGAAGUUCUAACUAACCUGCCUGAAGACUUCUCAUGAAGGAGAAUCAGCCAAGGACUAACCCUUCACAGAGAAACUUUUUAUCUGGAUCCUGAAGUUAUGGGAACAUUUACUUAAACUGAUAAUUAGCUGAAAAUAAUGAUACUGUCCACUUGAGAAAGCAGAACUUCCAGGUAUCAAAGUAUCAUUAUUUUGAUUAUGAAAGUAAAAGAUUUGCAUAGUAUUAUACUAAAUGCAAGUGAGUCGCUUAACCCUCGAUAAACUUAGAGAAAACCUUCAGAUGUACAUAGUAUACACACUUUUUACUUUUACACACUUUCCCAUUUAUAGCACUAUUAAAUCAGGAAAAAAAUGCAGCUGUAGCAUUUAAUGGACAGCAGUCCAGGGAUCACCAUCUCCCUUGAGUAAAACAGAAAAAUACGAUACAUCACGAAGGCUUCUGAAGAGGCCAGGUGAGAAGCACAGCUCUGUCAUUUGGGUUAAGUAAGAGACAGGUUUUAUAUAAAACUGGUUAACAGUAUGUCUUAACUCAAGUCCUUGAGCACAUCUGGUCUCACGCACUGCACGUUCCGAGUACUAAAGGGAUUUCGCUUACCCACACGGGCGUCGGGUCCGCAGCCCCUUAUGAUAAAACACCACAGCUGUUGGCACCUGCCUCAGACCUCCCCGAACUUCACCACCGCUCGCAUCUGUGCAUGGGUCGGGGGACAGUCAUAGAGGACCAUCUGUGAAAACGACGCGAGCUUGUUUCCCGGCUUCUCCUUGGGAAAAUGCUAGCAACAUUAGAAAAAUACUGCCUUGUUGCCUUACCUUCCUCCAGAUGUACUGUUAAAUAAAGAGUUGCCCAAGCAA